AUGGGCAACAACCCUUCGGCUCCAUCGGCUCAAGGCCAGGGUCAAGAUCAGACGCCAGCGGCAGCGGCGUCGUCGCAAUCCACGCCUACGACCCCAUCCCAGCCGGGCUCUCAAUCCCCGCGGCCCAGCCGCCGCAGUGCACGCAACAUCAUUAGCACGACGCACAACCGAUCCGCCGUCCCGCCCGAGGCAUCCCUCGCCCAGGCCCGCGGGUCCACCGUCGCCAGCCGACCCAAGAGCAUCCCCGGCAGCACGGCCGUAUCCUCGCUCAGCGGCUCACCGCACAGCAGCGCUUCCCCUCUGACGGGCACCAGUGCGGGGGCCAGGGCCGCCUCGGCCGCAACGUCCAACAUGUCCAACUCCAUGUCCGCGGCCACUUCCCCUUCUGUGCCGGCUGCACCGCUGACGACGGUGCCUCCCCCUCCUUCUGAUGAGCCUUCCAAGCCCGUCGACGUACCCCGCGGAGAGGGAGGGACAGGCGCCGGCACGAACCUGUCGUCGUCCGGCGCUCACGCCCACUACAACUCCGACAUGUCCACGGCCCAGAGCGACCAGCUCACGUACGUCAGCAGCAUCACCGACACGUACCACCUGGCUCGCCCGCCCCGUCUACCCCUCCCCAUCGAGGAGGAGGUGCACACACCCGGGUCGCCCAUCCUGGGUCCCGUCGACGCCGCCGGCGACCGCCCUCCCGACAUGUCCGUCGGCGGCGGUGGCAGCGAGGGCGCCGGAUCCUACUCAUCCGACGGGCUGACCAGGAAGGGGUCCGGCGUCAGCACCAACACGGCCGGCGAUGACGAGGACACGGACGAGCUGCGGGUCGACAAGACGAGACCCGUUGUCCCUACAAAGAUUGAGUGGAAACGCGGUGGCGACAAGAUCUAUGUCACCGGUUCCAUCUUCCAAUGGAACAGAAAGCAGCGGCUGAACCCAGUCGAAGGACGGCCAGGCUACUUUUCUGCCACCAUCCCGGUCCUCCCCGGCACCCACCACGUGCGCUUCCUAGUCGACGGCAUCAUGCAGACAUCGCCCGACCUCCCCACGACCGUCGAUUUUGGCAACAACCUGGUGAACUACAUAGAGGUCAGCCCGGACGACGCCACCUACCGACGUCGCCACCACUACCACCGCCACCAGAGCUCGCAACACAAGCAGGGGAGCGGCAGCGGCAGCGGCAACGGGAACGGGAGCGGAAGUGGGAGCGGGAGCGGAAGCGGAAGCGGUAACCAGGGCACGUCGUCGUCGGUGACCCCCGACGAUGGCAGCCGGGACGCGUCGCGCACGUCAUCCAUCUCCAAGGAUGACAGCAAAGCCGCCAAGCCGGCCCCGCGCGUCAGGUCCGUGCCCCCGCCUGAGGCUUACCGCCGCGAGAUCCCCCAGUACCUCCAGGACUUUGACCAGGCCGAAGAGUCACCCGCGUACCAGAGGGCCGUGUCGGCCAUCGAGAAGCUCCCCACGCCUCCUAGCCUUCCGGGCUUCCUGGGCAAACCCAUCCUCAACGCUGCCGUCCUCAUGAAGGAUGAUAACAGUGUUCUCGGUAUGCCUAACCAUACUGUCCUCAAUCACCUGGCUACCAGCAGUAUCAAGAACGGUGUUUUGGCCGUGUCGGCGACAACCAGGUACAAGAACAAGUACGUCACGACAAUCAUCUACAAGCCUACUUCGGCAGAUGAUGGGUAA